GCAGGGAGGAGGAGAGGGAGUUCAGAAGGUCUUUGGGCGCUGCGGCCUGGCUGGCCGUCUUCUGCAUGGCUUCGCCCAGCCGUCCUGGCAGUGACUGCUCCCAUGUCAUCGAUCACAGCCACGUUCCCGGGUUCGAGGUGGCCUCCUGGGUCAAAAUCACCCUUAUCCUGGUGUACCUGGCCAUCUUCGUUGUGGGCAUCCUGGGGAAUAGCGUCACCAUUCGGGUCACCCAGGUGCUGCAGAAGAAGGGCUACCUGCAGAAGGGGGUGGCGGAUCACAUGGUGAGCCUGGCUUGCUCCGACAUCCUGGUCUUCGUCAUCGGCAUGCCCGUGGAGUUCUACAGCGUCAUCUGGAACCCCCUGACCACGCCCAGCUACGCUGCCCCCUGCAAGCUUCACGCAUUCCUCUUCGAGGCCUGCAGCUACGCCACGCUGCUGCACAUCCUGACCCUCAGCUUCGAGCGCUACAUCGCCAUCUGCCACCCCUUCCGGUACAAGGCCAUGUCGGGGCCCUGCCAGGUGAAGCUACUGAUUGGCUUCGUCUGGGUCACCUCCGCCCUGGUGGCGUUGCCUUUGCUUUUUGCCAUGGGAGUCGAGUACCCCUUGGCGAACGUGCCCAGUCAUCGCGGUCUCACGUGCAACCGCUCGCGUACCCGCCACCACGAGCAGCCUCAGAGCUCCAACAUGUCCAUCUGUACCAACCUCUCCAGCCGGUGGACCGUGUUCCAGUCCAGCAUCUUCGGUGCCUUCGUCAUCUACCUCGUGGUCCUGGUCUCCGUGGCCUUCAUGUGCUGGAGCAUGAUGCAGGUGCUCACGAGGAGUAAGCAGGGCACGCUGGCCGCCCAGGGGCAGCAGCUGCAGGUGAGGAAGUCGGAGAGCCAGGAGAGCAGGAGUGCCCGGAGGCAGACCAUCAUCUUUCUGAGGCUGAUCGUUGUGACGUUGGCCGUCUGCUGGAUGCCUAACCAGGUUCGGAGGAUCAUGGCUGCGGCCAAACCCAAGCACGACUGGACCAAGUCCUACUUCCGGGCAUACAUGAUCCUCCUCCCCUUCUCGGACACCUUCUUCUACCUGAGCUCGGUCGUCAACCCGCUGUUGUACAACGUGUCCUCGCAGCAGUUCCGCAGCGUGUUCGGGCAGGUACUGCGCUGCCAGCUGACGCUGCCACAUGCCAACCAGGAGAAGCACCUGCGCGCCCACGUGGCCUCCACCGUGGAGAGCGCCCGCUCAGCCCGCCGCCCGCUCAUCUUCCUGGCCUCCCGGCCCAAUUCCUCUGCAAGGAGAACUAACAAGGUUUUCUUAAGCACUUUUCAGAGCAAGGCCAAGCCCGAAUCUAAGCCUCAGCAGUUGAGUCGUGAGUCACCGGAUCCGAACUCAGAGGUGAAACCUGCCAACCCUGCCACCGAAAACGGUUUCCAGGAGCCUGAAGUGUGACUCUGUCAAGGAAGGAAGGAAGGAAAGCUGCAGCACCCACAGGCCCUCCCCACACGAAAGCGACGGUUACCUUCAUGCUG